CAAUAUUUAAAUAAAAUAGAUUGAAAAAACUUGGGAUUUUUCUUCGUUUUGCGAACCGGGAAGACCAUUAUAGGACGGAGGGAGUAUAACUGAAUUUUACUGUUGCCAUUGAUAGGUUCAGCCACUUUGAGGAGCUACAUAGGCGUCUUAAGGAGUUUUCAGAAUAUAAUCUUCAUUUGCCACCCAAGCAUUUCUUCUCAACUGGCCUUGAUGUACCAGUCGUCCAAGAACGGUGUAAAUUGCUUGACAGAUAUCUGAAGAAACUUUUGCAGCUCCCAAGUAUUUCCAGCUCAAUUGAAGUCUGGGACUUCCUUAGUGUUGAUUCUCAGACUUACAGUUUCUCAAACUCUCUGUCAAUCAUUGAAACAGUGUCAGUUUCAGUUGAUUUGGAUGGAACAUUGCAUGGAAGAAGUAAAGAACAAAUGCAAAAUAUAGGUCCCAUGAUUGAUUCAAUAUCCUCCAACAGCAAGCAUUUUAAUGAUGAAAAAAACGUCUAUGCUUCAAGGAUGAAAGCUAAUCAUGGGGUGGAUGCCUCUAGAUUGGACUAUAGAUAUGCAGCAGCGCUCUCCUCAAAAGAACUCAACAAAGAAAACAGAAAUUCUAUUGAGGACUCAAGCAGCGAUUCUGACAAUGUGGUACUGAAGAAAACAAUUUAUUCCUCGAAAACAGAGAAGGCGGCAAAAGUGGGCGAUGCUACUGCACAUGCAUCAUCUGAGUUGCCUGUCAAUGAUUCUGCUGAUCCAACUCUUCCCAGUGAGUGGAUACCCCCAAAUUUAAGUGUUCCCAUAUUAGAUUUGGUGGAUGUUGUUUUUCAGCUUCAGGAUGGUGGGUGGAUCAGGAGACAGGCAUUCUGGAUUGCGAAACAAGUGUUACAAUUGGGAAUGGGUGAUGCCUUUGAUGACUGGUUAAUAGAAAAAAUCCAACGUCUACGACAGGGGUCAGUAGUUGCUGCAGGAGUCAAGCGUGUUGAACAGAUUCUCUGGCCUGAUGGUAUAUUCAUAACAAAGCAUCCAAGAAGACAGCGGCCUGUCCCAACUGCAACUCCAUCCAGUAAUUCACCUCAUGGGACCCCUACUUUAACAUCUGUAUCUAAGGUUGAGGUAAUCCGGAAUCCAGAUGAGAUGCAGCGGGUGGAAGAUGAGAGACGUGCAAAAUUGGUUUACGAGCUAAUGAUUGAUAAGGCGCCAGCUGCUAUUGUGGGUCUAGUUGGCCGUAAGGAGUAUGAACAAUGUGUGAAGGAUCUAUAUUUCUUCAUCCAGUCAUCUGUUUGUUUGAAGCAAUUAGCUUUAGAUCUCGUAGAGCUGGUGUUGUCGUCUGCAUUUCCUGAGCUGGAUUACGUGUUUAAGGAGUUCCGAGAAGAGAAGGGAAAGUUUGGAGUACUUAGAGAGGACUAGCGGCACAUCAUUGUUUUAUAGGGCAAGUUUUGUUUUUUUUCUUUCACCCACUGUACAGUUUCAGGUCUGGCUUGCAAAAAAAAAGAAAAGAAAAAGAGCAAUCUGCAAAAAUAUAUCAGUGUCUGUCUACUGGUCUGGUGCAAAUUAAUUGUGAAGGGGAAUAGAUUUUCUAUCUACUUAACAAUUCUAAGAGAGCCAUCAUUUACUUUAGAUUGAUGCAAAUACAUGUCCGAGUACAACUAAGUUCAAGUUUUUUUUUUUUUUUAAAAAAAUAUAUAAUAGAUACUUGUUGAUACU